GGCAGUUUACGACAACUGCAACAGUGGCACAUUCCCAGCGCGCAACAAUCGACAAUUAUUCGCGUUAUUACUGUUUUUGCGUUCGUGCCGUCCGUGUGAUAGUAACAAUUAUUGCUUCAUUUUACCGAUCGAAUUUCGGCCACCCGUGCAAUAUCGUCGUAUCGUCGUCGCAAUCGCUAAUAAUAAUAAUAGUUCACUGCGCCGAAUUAAACAUUUGUUUUCGGCAGCGACGGUGUUCUGCGUCACUUACUUACUCGCCUUCUUACUACACCUCGUGCCUGGUUAUAUAGUGAGAUUUUUAAACUUCGUUCGCGUACGACACGUGACCAACAUGACCGCGUCGGUGGUGACGCGUGACGAAGUUCCGGGCGAAAAUUUGCAGCAAACCGCGGUCGUGCCCCGUCCCUCGUCGGCGGUCGUCGUGAGAAGCGCGUACAAGCAGUUUGGUCAGACGGCCAUACUCAAAGACUUGAACCUGACCAUUCCGACAGGGAAAAUAUACGGGCUAUUGGGACCUAGUGGCUGUGGAAAAACGACUCUAUUGAGCUGUAUCGUCGGUCGUUUGCAUUUAGAUUCUGGAGAGAUUAAACUCAAAGGCAAACAUAUAUCUGAUAUUGGAUAUAUGCCACAAGAAUUGGCAUUGCAUAAUGAAUUAUCCAUAAAAGAAACGUUCAUGUACUAUGGUUACAUAUUUAAUUUGUCAAAUGAUGUUAUCGAAACAAGAGGCCGAGAACUAAAGGAGCUCUUGAAAUUGCCAUCGUACAGUUUAAGUCUAAAAGAGAUUAGUGGUGGUCAACAAAGAAGAGUUUCGCUUGCAGUAGCGAUGCUUCACGACCCAAAACUGUUGAUUUUAGACGAACCUACAGUUGGCCUGGAUCCUUUGAUUAGCCAAAGUAUUUGGGAACUUUUAUUGGAUUUGACAUCAAAUGAAGGCAAAACAGUGAUAAUCACCACGCACUAUAUCGAAGAAGCAAAACAGUCACAAAUGAUCGGUUUGAUGAGAAAAGGUACUCUUCUUUCUGAAGCAACGCCAACGGAACUAUUAACUUCGUGCAAUUGUUCGUAUUUGGAGGAAGCAUUUUUGAAGAUUUGCCAAAACCAUGUGGCAAAGACAAACAGCUUCAAAAUACCAGUAAAACAACCUACAAGAAGGUUUUCUUACGCUCGAGAUUUACCCCCACCACCGUUGUUAAACAACACAUUAUUUACGUUUGGACGUUUCAAAGCUCAGGUGUGUAAAAACAUUUACCUGUUGAGAAGAAACAUACCGUUUACUUUAUUUGURAUCUUCUUACCGCUGAUACAGACAGUAUUAUUUAACGUCGCUUGUGGCCAUGACCCGAAACAUUUGACUUUAGGUAUAUUAAAUGAUGAGCCUGUGAGUCAAACGGGUACGUGUUCGUUGAUGAAGACGAAAAAUUGUUUUUUGGACGGAGGUGUGCCGGUCAGUUGCCUGGUAUUGGAAAGAUUAAAAGAGAAGACUUUUGAAUUGGUUGAAUAUUCUAAUUCGGAUGACGGUCAGUAUGCUGUGUCAGAAAACAAAGUCUGGGGAUUUCUUCAUUUUUCGAAAAACUUCAGUAGCAAUUUGGCGACCCGUUUUAAUGAAGGGGGAGACAUCACCGACAACAACAUAUUUGACUUAGGAUCGAUCCAAGCAUGGAUUGACAAUACAAAUAAGUAUAUGUACGAUAUGAUAAAAAGAGACAUUUUUGACAGCUACACAGACGUAAUUGAUAGUCUUUUCAACAAGUGUAAUAUAUCAGAAAGAAUCGGUAAUACGCCAAUCCGGAUUCUCGAUCCUGUUUAUGGUAACAAAAAUCCAACUUUUAUACAUUACGCUUCGCCAGCAAUAAUAGCACUAUGUGCAUUUUACCUACCUGCAAUCUACACUGGAUCUACAAUUAUUUCUGAAAAAGAAGGAGGGGUUAUUGAGAGAGUAGUCUUAUCAGGAAUGAACUUCAUUGAAAUCGCUUUGGCUCAAGUUCUAGUGCAGACGAUAUUUAUCUUUAUUCAAACUACUCUGGUGAUGAUCGUCAUGUUCGUUGUAUUUGACAAUCCAUUCGUAGGCGACAUAUUUCCGUCGUUUUUGCUAUUGACAAUGAUCGGUUGCGGUGGAAUGUGUUUCGGUUUUUUCACGGCCAUCAUCUGCAGGACGACGACGGAAGCAGCUUUCCUGGGCAUCGGAACUAAUUUCCUGUUGAAAUUUUUAUGUGGACUUAUGUGGCCAACUGAGGGYAUCCACUACCUUUUACGCAGCAUCAGCAUUUAUUUGCCGCUGACGAUGUCCACGGAAAGCCUGAGGUCACUGACCGCUAAGGGCCUGGGCCUCCAGCAUCCGUCCGUUUACCUUGGAUUCAUGUCGAUCUUCUCUUGGAUACUCGUUUUUACGUUGGUUUCGUUUGUAAUGCUAAAACUCAAACGUGAUGUGUGGACGAAGAGUUAACAGGGGUAAUCUGCGUAACAAUAACAAUAUUUUUUAUGUUUAAUAAUAAUACCUACCUAUCAAAUUUGAUAGGAGUCGUAGUGUACUUGGAUACGUAAUUAGAUAGGACCGUAUUGUAUUGUUUUUGUUCCGGCUGAAUCCUGUUCCAAUAUUCCACGAUCGCAACUACAAAACAAUACAUGCAUUUACAUAUUACAUUGUUUAUAUAAUACUUAUACCCCAUGAAUAGCAGUUGUAACGUUUUAGACGAUUUUUUAUUUAUUUACAAACAAUAAUAAUAAAAUAUAAUAUUAUGUAUAAACGCGUCGCAUGUUUAA